CCUUCGCGUCACUUUCCCCCAGCUGAUGCGUGGCUCGGCUAACUUGGUGUCAUUGGCUUAGGUUUGAGAACACAAACAUCAAUUUUAUUUCGGGUCGAGCUGCGGGUGUCUGUUUUCGUUGGGGGGCUUCUACAGAGAUGAACAACAACGGGAAUAAGAGAGCUCCAACCACAGCCACUCAGCGACUUAAGCAGGAUUACCUCAGGAUAAAGAAAGACCCUGUGCCUUAUAUCUGUGCAGAACCUCUCCCCUCCAACAUCCUAGAAUGGCACUAUGUUGUCAGAGGUCCUGAGAAAACUCCAUAUGAAGGAGGAUAUUAUCACGGAAAGCUCAUAUUCCCUCGAGAAUUUCCUUUUAAACCACCUAGUAUCUAUAUGAUAACACCAAAUGGGAGAUUUAAGUGUAAUACAAGGUUAUGUUUAUCCAUCACAGAUUUCCAUCCUGACACGUGGAACCCUGCGUGGUCUGUAUCCACUAUUCUCACUGGUCUGCUUAGUUUCAUGGUGGAGAAAGGGCCCACCCUUGGCAGCAUCGAGACCUCUGAUUACACAAAAAGGCAGUUGUCAGCCCAAAGCCUGGCCUUCAACCUUAAGGAUAAAGUGUUCUGUGAGCUGUUUCCUGAUGUAGUUGAUGAAAUGAAGCAAAAACAAAAAGCCCAGGAGGAGUUAAGUGCCCGUACUCAACCCCUCCCCUUACCCGAUGUGGUGCCUGAAGAUGACCCUCAACAUGCCCCCUACGGUCUCCCCGCCCUCAAUGGAGGCCCUGUCCCACUGGGGGCCGGCAACCCUGCUCCUGGCCUACAGCAGGCCAAUCGAAACCAUGGACUUCUAGGUGGUGCACUAGCUAACCUGUUUGUGAUUGUAGGCUUCGCAGCGUUUGCCUACACAGUCAAAUACGUGCUGAGGAGCAUAGCUCAGGAGUGAGUGCCAUUUUCAGGGUGAUGACCUCCCCCCAGGUGAGCCACAUUGAGGACUCCACUUUUUUAAAACGCACUGUGGGGAGGGAUGUUCAUUCCUGGGUGAAAUCCCUCUACAGCCACUACCACCUCGGACUUUGAAAGUCAGAAGCUCAAAGCCAACCCACACAGGAUGGACAGCAGGGGAGGUGGGUGGGUGUGGCAGUAGGGCCGGGGGAUUCAGAGAGACUCGACAAACCGGUUGUUAGCCACUCUGUCCUUCAGUUGUUUGCCACUUGCACAACAGCUUUGGCUCAUGGGUUGAGAAUGAGUUUACAACCCAUACAGGUCAUAGUUUGUUGCCCGCUAAUGGUGGCUUGUUAUAAAUUUGACAACCUUCAGUCUUUACAACAAAAAUGCCAUCAUUUCUUUCUGGCACCAUGCUGAGCAUCACCAAUAAAA